UUUCUCGCGUUUUCCGCCAAAUUUUCCGACCGGAAGCAGUUUUUUGCGCCCAGGAAGCGACACCGCGUCGAUUAGCGGCAGAAAAAAACAAAAGUUCAAAAAAAUUAAUUUCGGGAAAAAAAGUCGUGUAAAAAUUAUAAAACGAAAACUGCCGGCGGCUUUUCCUCCCAAAUUAACACCCAGAAAACCGCUCGGAAAACCCUAAAAAGCCCCGGAAGAGGUUCAGGAGGGUCCCAAAGAAGCCCCCGCGGCAGAAAAAGCCGGAAAAUUGCACCAGAGCGGAGAAAAUUGAUUAUAAACACCGCCGCCAAAAUUGUAUCAGCGUAGUACUCCAAACUUCGCUUAAACUUCACAACAGAUGGCGACACUUGUGUGACAAUCGUCCAGCACGUGGGAAUUUUGUUUUCGGUGCUUAUUUUUUGGAGAAAACCCAGAAAAAACACGUGCAAAAAUGGGUAGAAAAGUAUCCUUUAAGGAGAAGAAGCCAUCUGGCCCCGGAAGGAAGGCCAAGAAGCAGGGAGAUCCACAAUUUCCAAAAGCUCUGCUGGCUUCGGAUGAUCCCAAGAGGUUGUCGCACAAGCAGAAGAAGAGAGCAGCCAAACGAAUGCAGAAGCAGCAGAAAUUCCAAGGGAAGAAGGAGAAAGUGAAGGCAAAAUUGAAGGAGAAGAAACUUCAAUUGAUGGGAGAUUCUGACGAUGAGGAAGUUGCUGGGACUUCUGAUCAAGAAGAGAUGGCGAAUGGGAAGAAGCAAAAAUUUGCCGCCAUGAAGCGCCCAUCGUCGGACGUAGACAGUGAGAUGGACACCGAUGAUGAGGAUGCGGUGAAAAUCAGCAAUCUCGAUGAUGUUUCCGGGGAUUCAGAUUCAGAGAAAGAUGAUUUUGACGAUGAAGAAGAGGAGGAUGAUGAUGAAGAUCUUCUGCCAAUUGAGAAGGCCACGAAGCGUCUGAAAAAGAAAGCAAAGAUGGACAAGAAAUUGGCUGAGGAAGAGCUGCAGCUGAAUAUUGCUGAUCAAGAGAAGGAUUUCAAACUACCCGAAGAGGGGGAGGAAGAAGUGAAAUCUCUCGAAGAAGUCAAUCAGAGGAUAAAGGAAGUCACCCGGGUGCUGGCGAAUUUCAAGACACACCGGCAGGAAGGAAAAUCCCGGCAGGACUAUUUGGAUGUCUUGCGGAAGGAUCUCUGCCUUUACUACAGCUACAAUGACUUCCUCAUGUCCACACUCAUGAAUAUCUUCCCUCUGUCUGAGCUUACUGAGUUCCUGGAGGCCUCAGAGACAGAGCGUCCCCUUACAAUCAGGACGAAUAACUUGAAGACACGACGGAGGGAUUUGGCGGCGAAACUCAUCGAUAGGGGAGUCAAUCUGGAUCCCAUUGGGCCAUGGUCAAAGGUGGGAUUGGUCAUCUAUGCUGCCCAGGUGCCAUUGGGAGCCACGCCAGAAUACCUCGCUGGCCAUUACACCAUUCAAGGGGCUUCAAGUAUGCUCCCCGUGAUGGCUCUGGCACCGCAGGAGAAUGAGCGAAUUCUGGACAUGUGUUCCGCUCCCGGUGGGAAGAGUUCCCACAUUGCAUCACUGAUGAAGAAUACCGGCGUCCUGGUGGCCAAUGAUGCCAACAGCGAACGUAUAAAGGCCGUCAUUGGGAACUUCCAUCGUUUGGGUGUUGUGAAUGCCAUUGUGAGCUGCGAGGAUGGCGUGAAAUUCCCCAAAAUCAUGUCAGGCUUCGACAGAGUCCUUCUCGACGCUCCAUGCACCGGAACAGGUGUCAUCGCCAAGGAUCCCAGCGUAAAAGCCUCCAAAUCAGCAAUUGACGUCCAGAAGUGCUACAAUUUGCAACGGAAACUCAUCCUGAGUGCCAUUGAUUGCCUCAGUGCUAAAUCCUCAUCUGGUGGGUACCUCGUCUACUCCACAUGCUCAAUCCUUCCGGAAGAGAAUGAGUGGGUGAUUGAUUAUGCGCUGAAGAAGAGGAAUGUGAAGCUGGUGCCUACAGGAUUGGAUUUUGGAGUUGAGGGCUUUGUCAACUACCGCCAGCAUCGCUUCCAUCCAUCGCUGAACCUCACUCGGCGCUACUAUCCACACACCCACAACAUGGAUGGGUUCUUUGUGGCGAAACUCAAAAAGUUCUCAGACACCAUUCCUGCCCAAGCGGAGGGCGCUGACGACGAGGUGGAGGAACCCUUUGAGGAAACUCUGUCAAAGGAGGACAGAAAAGAGUUGGAGAAGCAAGGCAAGACGGAGAACUUUGAAGGGAAGAAACCCUUGAAGAAUAAGAAGAAGGACAAGAGACACAUUGUUAAGGAUUUUGGGAAGCAGCAGCCACAGGUUAAUGGGAAGAAAACCCCACAGAAAGGUUUUCAGCAAAAGCCAGGAACUCCCAAACAGCAGACCCCUAAACAGACACCUGCUAAGCAACAGCAAUCGCCUAAGCAGGAGACUUCGAAGCAGCAAACUCCGAAGAAGCAGCAGAGUCCUAAAGGGUCACAGGAGGGGCAACAAUUCAAAAAGAAGGAGGACAAGUCAUCCGAAGUGGCCAAGAAAUUGGGGAAGGUUCUGAAGAAGAAUCAACAGAAGAAUAAAGCCUUCAACAAGAGGGAACAAAUGAAGGCCUUCAAAACGAAGAAGAAAGGACCCAAUCCCAAGGAGAGAGGGAAGAAGUUUUAAAGAAUUUUAUGUUUUUAUGCUGAAAAUUGAAUAAAUUGUUGCAUCGUGAACACAAUU